AGGAGACGAAACUGUAGAAACGAAUUAGUUACUCUCCCUUCCAUCGGCAGAAAAAUCCGAAGAAUCAACGAUAUGGUGACGGUUUUCAGAAUCAGUGACGGUUUAUUCUCCCUGCUCUCGUUGAAGCUACUCUUCUUGUUUGUUGUUGCUGUUGUUUGCCAUCCCGACCGCGGCUCUCCGUCGCCGUCGCCGUCGCUCGACGGUGGUGAUCAACACAAUAUUUCGACUGAUACGUCGGCGUUUAACCGUCGUAACUUCCCGCCGGGAUUUCUCUUUGGGACCGCGUCGUCCGCUUAUCAAUAUGAAGGUGCAGCAGCUGAAGGUGGGAGAGGACCCAGCAUUUGGGAUACUUUCACUAAGAUUCCAGGUAAGAUUAUCGAUGGUAGCAGUGGGGACGUGGCGGAUGAUUCGUACCACCGUUACAAGGAGGAUGUUAAAAUCAUGAAGAGCAUGGGUUUAGAUGCCUACAGGUUUUCAAUAUCUUGGUCUCGAAUAUUACCUAAUGGAAAAGUGAGUGGUGGUGUGAAUCAAGAAGGAGUCACGUAUUACAACAACCUCAUCAACGAACUCCUGGCUAAUGACAUCAAACCUUUCGUAACCCUUUUCCAUUGGGACCUUCCUCAAGCUUUGGAAGAUGAAUACGAGGGCUUCCUCAGCCCUAAAAUAACGGACGAUUUUGCUGCAUACACUGAUGUUUGCUUCAAACUUUUCGGAGAUCGAGUCAAGCAUUGGAUCACAUUGAACGAACCACUAACCUAUACCCGAACUGGUUACGUGACGGGAGACUUCGCCCCGGGUCGUUGCUCGAAAUCGAUCAACCCUAAUUGCACCAAGGGUGACUCCUCAACAGAGCCAUACUUGGUAACACACUACCAGCUUCUUGCUCAUGCGGCUGCUGUGAAGGUGUACAGAGAGAAGUAUCAGGCAAACCAAAAGGGGGUGAUAGGGAUUACACUAGUGUCAUCUUGGUUUGUCCCCUUCUCUCCGUCCAAAGAUGACCUUGAGGCUCAACAACGCGCACUCGACUUCUCGUAUGGAUGGUUUAUGGACCCACUGAUUAGAGGGGAGUACCCUCAAUCCAUGAGGACACUCGUAGGGAACCGAUUGCCCAAGUUCUCGAAGGAGGAAUCGAAGCUAGUGAAAGGCUCACUUGAUUUUCUUGGGCUGAACUAUUACACUUCUAGCUACGCAUCAGCCGACACAAAUCCAGUCAACUCCCUAAAGGCUACCUAUUUGACAGACUCCAGAGCCAAUAUCUCCAAUGAAAGGAAUGGGAAACCAAUUGGCCCCCAGGCGGCUUCCAAUUGGCUGUACAUUUACCCAAAUGGGAUCGAAGAGCUUGUAACGUACACGAAGGAGAAGUACAAUAACCCACUUAUUUACAUCACUGAAAACGGUGUGGAUGAGGCAAGUAAUGAGGAUUUAAGCUUGGAGCAAGCUCUUGCCGAUGAAACCAGGAUUAAUUACUAUCAACAACAUCUUGCUUCCCUCAACAAAGCAAUCAAGAAAGGGGCAGACGUUAAAGGAUAUUUUGCGUGGUCAUUGCUCGAUAAUUUUGAAUGGGCUUCGGGAUACACGGUUCGAUUUGGAAUCAAUUAUGUGGAUUACAAGCUCGGGUUGAAAAGAUAUCCUAAACAUUCUGCUCACUGGUUCAAAAAUUUUCUAAAAAAAGAAUAGGUUUAGUCUUAUACGCCCUAAAUUCAUUAUGCCGAUUAUGUAGAAAAAUAAAGCUAGCCAAUCAAACUCAUUGAAUAAGACUUUCCUAUGAUUGUACAUCAUGAUGAUUGGGAUGAACGAGAUUAUAUAAUUGUUUGUGUCACAAAAGAGUCGGAUAAUAUUGUACGCAAAAAAUGUGAGGCCAAUAUCUUUAAAAUUUGGGUCUGCAACCUUUUGGGAUCUUUAAAUUUGGUUAGCCCAAUAUCUCCAACAACCAUUUUGCCCCAGUCUCGAUCUUGGGCUCUUCUUGCUGGUAUGGAAGGGCCAGACAUUGCGCUCCAUGUAUGAUAUCCAUCAAUAUAACAAGGAAUGACAAUGAGUCGAAUUUGAG